GCGAACGCAGACGCAAUGUGUGUUUCUUUGUUCAAAACGGGCGGUGGAAGGAAAUUCCUUUGGAAAUGGUUACUGGUCGGUGCUCCUCUAGGGAAUAAUUUGCAACCGGAUACGGUACGUUCCGGGGCUCUGUUCAAAUGCCCCAUUUCGACCCUUACUAAAGAUUGCAAACAAGUGGAAACCGACGGAAGACGACUGCCGAGCGGUCUAUACAAGCCACAAGAUAAAGACGUCUUCUACGAUGAUCUUCAAGAGGAAGAUAAUUCCUUAAAAGGGCCGGGUCCGGAUGAAAUUAAAAAUGGGCAAUGGCUUGGGGUGACUGUGAAGUCUUCAAAUCCUAGCAAUGGGGGGAAAGUGCUGGUUUGCGCUCAUAGGUACAUCAAGAGUCCGCAACUUAACGACACACAUCAUGGGUUGGGUCUGUGUCACUUAUUGAAUGCAUCUUUGGGGUGGGAGGAAGCUUUGGAGCCUUGUGAAGGCAAACCAAUGCAAAAUGAGCAUCUGGAAUACGCGUAUUGCCAAGCCGGAACUUCUUUGGCAUUCCUGGAAGAUGGCACUGCGUUAAUGGGAGCGCCGGGUCCCCACACGUGGAGGGGUACAAUAUUUGCCAAGAUGACGGUUGGAGACUUUCUCAGUCGUGACAAGAACUUUUACUCUAGUCCUCUGAAUCAACUCUCGGAGCCAAUCGACAAGUACAGCUAUCUGGGCAUGAGUGUCACCGGCGGGCGCUUCUUUGACAAGCACAAGAUCACUUACGUUUCAGGCGCUUCUCGAGCUAAUCUAACAGGGCAGGUCUACUUUAUCGAAAAGAUCAAAAAUAGUAAUGAGAUGGCCAUCCGGCUUAUCCUCAAAGGCGUACAGGUUGCGUCGAACUAUGGCUACGAAUUAUUAGCGGCAGAUGUCAAUGGAGAUGGCUAUGAUGAUCUGCUUGUAGCAGCGCCUUUCUUCUUCAAUAACACCGUGGGUGGGGCCGUGUACAUCUACUAUAACUUGAGGGCCUGCACAGCGAAUUAUACUUGUACGCCGGAUCAGAUCCUAACUGGCAAGGAGGAGUCUCGAUUUGGUUUUGCAAUGGCUGCAUUAGGGGACAUUAAUAAAGAUGGUUACAAUGAUAUUGCUAUCGGAGCGCCGUAUGAGACCUAUGAGGCUCAGUCACACUCCGGUGCUAUUUACAUCUACUUAGGUAACCAUGAUCAACUGAAUCAGAAAGAAGCGCAGAAGAUCUCGAUACCUCAGUAUACAACAAUUGGGUACUCCUUGAGUGGAGGAGUAGAUAUGGAUGGAAACGGUUAUCCGGAUCUCCUCACGGGUGCCUAUAACGAGGAUACUGUCAUUCUUUUUAAAACUAGACCAAUUGUCGACAUUGAAAUCGAUGUGCAGGGUGAAGAAAUGCGAAAUAUUGACGUGACUAAAAAGGGGUGCAAGGCUGACCCAACAAGCACACAUUCAUGCUUCUCGUUUGCAAUUUGUAUUCGGACCAAUCGAGGGAGGCCCCCCAAAGAGCAAAUGUCCUAUGAAUUGAAAGCCGAUUGUUGCAAAACAAAGAGGCAAUACAUUCGCGUGAAACUUAACAGCACAUCAGAGAGCAACAUAUUGACGCAGGAUUUUAGGAUGCAUAAAAAUCCUACUUGUCGCAGUCACACUGUUUACAUCAAAGAUGGUAUCCGUGAUAUUUUAUCACCUAUUGAAUUCAGCGUAAAUUAUCAGUUACAAGACACUCCCCAUUCGCCAAUUUUGAAUCAAACUUCAACGAAAGAUUUCCAGGCAACGUUCCUCAAAGAUUGUGGUAGCAACGAAGUAUGUGAAAGUGAGCUCAAAGUAUCUGUGGGUCUGGCAAUAGAACCAAUUGAUCCAGAGAACAACUAUUACGCUUUGGAUUUAGGCAAUGUUGAAGAACUGAAUGUUCAAGUGAACGUAUCCAAUGAAGGGGAAUCUGCGUAUGAGGCACAAUUACUUAUCAUUCAUUCGAAAAGUCUAAGUUACAUUGCUCUUAAUGAUAAAAUGGGGGAUAUUAAAUGUGUUUAUCACAACGAUACAUGUAUCGCCUGUAAUUUAGGGAAUCCAUUUGGAAAGAAGAAGACCGAGGACAAGAAAGAGGUUCACUUAGGACUUCGAUUUGAAAAUCGUAAUAACGUCAACAAUGAUGGUAUCCUCGAAUUUCACGCAAAAGUAAACACCACAUCAAAUAUCACGACAACGAGUGUAACGUCGGCAACUGCCAAGGUGGCGGUGAAGAUGACUCCCAAUAUCAAAAUUGAUACAUACGGCACGUCGUACGUUAACUAUGGUGGUAGGGUUCAAGGAGAGUCGGCGUUUAGGUACUUUGAUGAAAUCGGUUCCCGCAUUAGUCAUCGUUAUCAAGUGACCAAUGAGGGCAAAUGGGCAGUCAGUAACUUGGAGGCAUAUAUAGAUUGGCCAAUUCAAAUUCAAAGCUCAAGGGCUGAGGGGAAAUGGUUGCUGUACUUAGAAAGUACACCACAUGUCGACUUUGAGAGUACGCAGAUCAAGUGUGAAAUCAUGGCGCCCCACGUUGCCAAUGAAAAGAAUUAUACAAAUCGCCCUAGUAUGUCACCCGAAAACUUAGAAAUGUCUCCAUUGUCAUCCUUUGAUACACAGCCGCCACCAUUCAAUACGCGCAAUCGUCGUAGCGUUGAAGGAAAUCAAGAGGUCGAAGAAGACAUAAUGCCAGCGCGACUAAUGCUCGGUUCUGGUGAAUUAAUAAAAAUAAUUACACCUUUGAUUGUGCAACUGGCACGGCAAAAUGUGCCAAAAUCAAGUGCAAACUGCCAACUAUCCCAAGCAACACUGGUGCAACUAUAGAAAUUGCAUCCCGUCUUUGGUAUUCCACACUUCUCGAUGAUUUUAGCGACAAAUCUGCGGUAGGAAUAAUUUCCAGGAUGUUUAUCACUUCAACAUUGCAUACUGGGGAGCCCAUAAAGGACAAUCAUGCAAU